CUGAUUUAUCUUUUAAACAGAUUUUAACAGAAGUUUAUUCCGUUCAGUUCAAAAGAUUCUCACAUCCGGCGUUUCGAAGAUGAGCUCGCAGCAGAAAAAUGCGCAUGCGCUUACGUUGCCACGGUAGCCGGCCUGUAACCAUGUGACGAAAGCGCGUCCAGCUGCGCUCCUCGGUGGCUUGGCAGUGUGCGCUCCGUUUCUCCGUGCCUCGCUCUCGCCAUGGCGGACGGCGAGCGCUCACCGUUACUCUCAGAUCUCGGCGAUGGAGCUGGCGGCAGCGGAAUCGGCGGCGUUUCUCCUGGACCAAGUCCGUUUUCACAACCGAACAAACCGCAGAGUUUCCCGCCAUUUCCAAGCCCAUCUCAGCCCUCUGUGCUUUUGGGCGAGGAUCCUCCACCCUACUCACCCCUGACAUCACCUGAGAGUGGCAGUGCCCCUGUGAUUAGCUGCCGCGUGUGUCAGUCUCUUAUCAGUGUUGAGGGCAAGAUCCACCAGCACGUAGUCAAGUGUGGUGUGUGCAACGAAGCGACACCCAUAAAGAAUGCUCCAGCUGGGAAGAAGUAUGUGCGCUGUCCCUGUAACUGUCUGCUCAUCUGCAAGGUCACGUCUCAGCGCAUCGCCUGUCCACGCCCUUACUGUAAGAGGAUCAUUAAUUUGGGACCAGUACACCCCGGGCCAGCUAGUCCAGACCCUCAGCCUUCUGGGGCCCGAGUGUCAUGUGGCCACUGUAGCAACACGUUCUUGUGGACAGAGUUUACUGACAGGACACUGGCCCGAUGUCCCCACUGCAGAAAAGUUUCUUCAAUUGGCCAGACAUACCCAAGGAGGCGGAGUCUAUGGUGUUUCCUCCUGUGCUUGCUGUUCAGCAUCUCAGCUGCUGGAUUGAUUGCGGGGACAUGGUCUAAGGCACAAGUGUAUGGCGGGAUCUAUGCUGCUUGGGUGGCCAUGCUGCUACUGGUCGUGGUGACCUUAGCCAGAGCACUCUAUUGGACCUGCCUACGGGUCAGCCAACCCCUGCAGAACUUCACAUAGAGAGAGAGAGAGAGAGAGAGAGAGCGGAAAGGAAUGGUAGCAGGGAGAGAGAGUAGGGGGACAGAGUCAGACUGGUGGUAAAUAGUCUGGGAAAACUGCUGAUAUACAGUGAGUGAUGAAAAAAAGCAUUAAGCCAUGUAAAAGAAUGACGAAUGAGAAAGAUAUUAGGAUGGCUUGCUGAGGUGGACGGAUGACUAGAUUGAAGGAUUGGGCUGAAAAUAGUUGUUUGUUUUAAGUAAAUAUUUAUUGAGCUGAACAUUGGAUCCAGUGGUUUUACCGAUGACUGUGUGCAAACCUACUGACACCAUACUGACACCGAAUUCCAGUGGCCCUGAAUAUUUUAAUCUCGCACAUAACAUGUACUCAUAUCGAAGACUCUGACAGUGUCAUCAAUGGUGGUAGGAGUCUAGCAGAUUAUUUGGCACAGUUGAGACACUAUCUGACAGACACCUACCCUCACACACCUAUAAUCCAUGGACUGUGUUUGACUGCAUAACUGGAAAUUUGCCUCAACACGAGAGCAACAGAGGUGUCGAGUAGAAUUUAGUCUUGACUGAUUCGUUGUGUUUUGAUGUAAUGUAAUAUCAUAAAUGUUAGAAUAAGUGCAUUUGUGAAUGCUGUCGAUAUCAGUGCAUUUGCAGACUAAAGCAUCAAGAGGCCUGAGAGAUAAAGACGGAGACAGAGACUGUUGUCUGUCCUUCACAAUAGGGCUCUGCUUCAACAUACCCAUCCACACACACAUCCAUUCUCGGUUCAUAUGACCUUAUAAACACAAACUUAUUCCUAAUCGGUUAUUAUAAAUAGGCAUAACUAUAUCUUGCUAUAUUAAAUUAGUUAGCAUUAAAUCAAAAAUUGCCAUAUAUUAUGACAUUUUGGGACCUAAUAAAUCAGUAAUUGAGAAUUCAGAGCAAAAGUCUUGCGGUGCUUUUUAAUUUGUAUUCACAUCCUUUCCAGACAUGGUACAAAAAUUCAGUCACCAAUUGUUUUUGAUGCACUUUCACUUCAGGUCUAUGGGAAACAAUUAACAGCAUAAUAUAGUCAGUAAGCAUGAUUGUCAUACUGUUAAUAAAUUUUGUAUAAGAAUUGCACACAUGCAUAGAAUACAGAAUCUUGUCACCAACAUACUAAAUUCCAUAAGGGGGUGCUGUAAUAACGCCAUUUUAGUUUUAUUUGUGCUCUGCUUUCACACAGUACAAAACCUCCACAUGCUUAAGAAAAUUUUAUGGCAUAUCUACACACCUGGAUGAAUAGUCUCACAUUCCCAGUUUGUUGUUUUUUUCUGUAGACAGCAGUAAUUUUUAUUCUUUUUCUUUCUUCAGGGUGAAUAUUUGGUAUUAUUUUAAUGACUGCACCAUUGCACUAAGAGGAUCUAACAGUUCCUUGAAAACACUACAGCAUUUUUUUUUUAAAUUAGUGUUCAUGUACUAACCAUGUGAAGAAUUAUUGUAAUCUAUACACCCACUCUGCCUGAUGGAAGCUACCGAGCUGAAUUGUCUGUUUUAGGAAUUCUCUUAUUAUUUAUGAUCUGAAGGAUGAUGUUGAAGUUACCAUUACAUGACAUUUGUAAUGUCAUUAACUUGAAUAUGCUACAGCUGUGGUCAUAUGAAAUGUGCUAAUCACAUGUAUGUUUUUGUAUUUAACUGCUGUGUGUUAAAGCCCAGUUUAGGACUUUAGGCACCUCUUAAUUUUUUUUUUUUUUUUUUAAAUUAAAAAACCCUUGCAGAAUGUUUUGCUGUUCCUUAAUAUCCCCUUGACCAGUGCACCAUGAGUGCCUUUGUGUACUUUGUGUAGGUAGGCCACAUUUUUUCCCUCAAUUUUUUUCACUCUCAAGCCUAGCGGGUUUGCAGGAUCUCUGUAGUAAAAGGACAGUUGUGAAUAGUUAGUCUUUAUCUAUGAUUUUGAAAGAAAAAUGCAUGAUUUCUGUGCUGUGAUUAGCAAUAUCUCUGUUCUGACACACAUAAUUCAAAGAAUAAGGUAAUUGUUAAACCCUUUGCUGCCUGAUACAUUGUAUGAGGUCCAAAAGUGCAAGACUGGGAGUGAAAACUACUGUUCUAAAUGGUGAAUAUAUGUCUCCUGUAAAAACAUGAUGAACAAAGUUAGCAUAAAUCACCAAGAAGUGAUUUAGUUUAAGGCUUACUGAAGGUCAUGUACAAAAAGUAUGUGGUGUCACUGAAAGAGGAAGUGCUCCAAGACUGGGUUCUGGGUUUAUGCUGCUGAAAUGCAUAUUACUUUGUGAUUAGUGGUGUGCUGGUUUACAGUGAUUAGAAAAUCUACGAUAUUAACAUUGUCCUGUAUUGGUAUAAAUAAUGUCACUAAAAUGUAUGAAUUUGUCAUUCUGUUUCAUGCCUACACCAAGAGGUGCCUAGUGUCCUAAACUGUAUGCUUUAAGGGUUUAAAUACUAAUACCAAUCUUAUUUAUGCCAAGAGCAAUGAGACCAGAAUGAGGCUUUUCUGAGUUUGUUUGCAAAUGAUAAGUUGUUACAAGGCAUGAAGGCAAUUAAUGAAAACAAUAUAAAAAUAAGAAAACAGUCA